AGCCCAUUGACGAUCGAUCAACGCAGCUACAGCAGCAGUGACUUAGAAAGUUGCCUUUGAAUAGCAUCAGCCAUCAUGUGGGAAGGGCUACGGAGGGGGGACUCCUUUUUCUUUUUUAAGGGAAAAUUGCUGCUCAAAUUGGAAAGGAACUCUAAAGGCCGCCCAGAGAAAUAGGCCCAACCUAUCAGUCUCUCAAACACCACACUCACAGCAACACAACAAACAAAAGAAAACAGAAAGAAGGCGGACGGGACGACACGACACGAGAGGAGUUCUUCACCGCCGAUAAUAAAAACGAUGUCGUAUAUGAGAGGAGAUUUGCUCGCCAAAACUCGUAAGCUCGUUAAAGGCUUUGCUAAAGCUGAGCCUGUUUGGCUUAAACCCAUGGAAAAGGCUCCACCUGCUACGUUUCCUCGCGCAGAGAAGAAGCUCAAGCCCAUAAGUCUGCCGGAGGAUACUUUUGUGAAUAAGUUUUUUCAAAAGCAUCCGGAUUCCAAGUUUGAAGAUGCUAUCAAAAUUUCUGGUUUCAAUCCACCUGCAGCUCGUGUAUUUGCUUGGAGAGUGCUUGAAUUGAAGGAGCAAGGGGUUAGUGAGGAGGAAGCUAUGUCUGUUGCUGAUAUGGAAUAUCGGGCUGAGAGGAAAGCAAAAAAGAAGGCAUAUGCUCGGCUGAAGCAAAUUGCAAGGCUUCAAGGAAAGAGACCCCCUCCAAAUCCUUAUCCGAGUGCUAUCAAGGAGAUACAGGCUGAAGAAAGGCAGUUUGUUCGUGACCGUUUCAAUAAUCCCCAGACGUUGCAAAUUGUGAAUAAGCUGAGAAAGGACAGGGCUGCAGAGAUGAUGGACCGAAGAGGAGGCUUCUUUGGUUGAAGUUGGCUCGUCAAUUCAACGCUAGCGAGAUGGCUAUUCUUUUGUUGAGCUGAAUUUUACUUUAAUUUAGCUUCUAUGACUUUGGAUAUACAUCAAAUUUUGAGUGGAUCAGAAAAUAAAAUCAUAUGUUGACUCUAGCAAUAUGAAUAAUUGGAAUAUUCUUGUUAUGGAUUUCAGUUUUCUCCUCUGGACAA